AAUCAAUCAAUCCCCAAUAUUUAAACGAUUUUCAAUUGACUUGAAUUCUGUUCAGGUUUAUUGGAUCGUAAAAUCUGUUAACAUAUUGUGAAAAAUUUCUUCAGAAACAGAUUUUGUCUCUAUUUAAAUUAAUGAUGUAAUCUAGCCCAGUCUGGUUAUAUUCAUAAGAUGGAUGAGGAAGGUGGCCUGCAGGCCCUUGAGGGGGCUGAUGGGCCUCCUAUUCAGUAUAGGGUGGGGUUAGAUAUGGACGAGAAGCUCAAUCAGUUGUGGAUGGAUUAUAUAUCGGAAAGUAAAGACAAGUUCUUCUGGUUGUUCCUCAACAAAUUCGUCGAGAAAUGGGAAACUCAGGUAAUCCCCAGCUGGGAGCUCCUGGUCGGAUCCCGGCUAAGCGGUGGCCGUGAGCUGGGACCGGAAUUAGAUAAACUACCAGAGGAACUACUUCCGGCCCUCAGCAAAUAUCUUUUCAUAGGUAAAGAUGAAACUGAGCAAGGACGCAUAAACAAAGAGAUUUUGGAUCAAAUGUCUCGAAUUGUUAAGGCGUUGACAAUAAUCUGCUUAAACAUUGACAAUAUCCCACUUGUUGGAAGUAUGGAAUUCGUUAGUCAUGUGACCCAGCUGAACACAUUACUGUUGCAGCAUCUCCUGGAGAUGGAAUCCACAUUCUUCUCAUCAAAAGUGCAUUCUGCUGUCAAUAAUCAGAAGUUAAGAUCUGCCAUCAUCGCAACCAUUGUUGAGAGUUGUCAUUUUUUAGAAACUUUAUACGAUCCUUUUUUCCGUUGGAGAGGAUACCUUUGCGGGAAAGAGACUCAAGGCCUACAGAUUUUAGAAUGCCCUGUAUUCCUGCAUCCUGUUACUAUUCCAUUUCUUUAUGAAUCCUUCGAGACCGCCCUAGUAGAUUCAUUUCCAGAGAUUGGCCAUGAGCUUUUAACCGUAUUUGGAGCUAUUAUAUCAGGAAGUCAACACAAUGCAGUGUCUGCAAUAUCCCCGGCUACCACCAAGAUGAUACUGAAAACAGUUCGGGAUUCUAAAACCAGUCAGGAUAUUCAUAUUAACGCCAUCUACUGCUCGUCAAAAUCAAUAAGGAUCCUGCACGAGACACCCUUUGAAGGGAGACAGAUAGAUUUGAGCCUGGUAGUUGAUCAGUACCAACAGAUCCUCCUCUCUCUAACCUCUAAACCAGAGGUCAGCCUCGCAACCCUGGUCGAGGGCCUCUCUCUUCUCACCAGAACUCUUCAGGUUAAAAACUCUGCUGAACUUCAAGAGCUGUUUGCAAGACGAGGUGUAGUUAGUAACUUCAUGCUUGUAAUUGAGAAUUGUCGUCUUCAUGUAAACCAGAAGCGAACCUUACUACCAGUUGUUAUUAAUAGAAUAAGUUUGGUCCUGAAAGAUUGUGAGUAUGCGCAGAACCUGAUGGAAAAGGAAUCCCUGUAUACUCGGCUCUUCGACCUCGUCAACAGUUGCGGAGCUCCUGAUUACAAUACUCUGUACUCAAUACUAGGUAUUCAUAGGUUUAACUACAGGAUUAACUGUAAGUUUAAUUACGGGAUUAACUGUGGAUUUAACUAGGGAUUAACAGUGGAU